AUGCCCACACUCUCGUCCGAUGUACAUCGCAGCGCUACCCCUAAAACGUUCGAAGAUAUCAAAGGUGGCUGCCGUGCCGGAGACCACAAUGGCCCUGGAGACGAUGCGUCGGGCACCAAAGGCGGUCAUAAGGACACGACGGGCGAUGCUUGCUCAAAGGGUGGUCGUUAUGGAGGCCCUGGUUAUGGCCACCACGGAGGGAGUAACACAAAUCUUUCACUACCUCCAAACCCCAGUCUCAACGGCCUGACUCAUCGCCAGGCAAGAGAAACACUUGACAAGUUUGUAAUGGCGGAUAAGUGUCUGGACGGUCAGCAGAGACUUGAGGAAGAGAUGAAGGCGAGAUCGCAAUCUGGAAAUUGA